AUGAGCCGAGUGAAUGUGGUUGUGGUUCCUACCGAAGCUGAGCAGCCAAGGACUCAACAGGAUGGCUCCAAGUCGUCCAGACAGCGGAAGUAUGCUGGCUGGGUCCCGUUCGACUACUCUGUGGGGCAGCUGAAGCAUGACGUCGGUCGCUACUGGCAGCUCAAAACCAGCAAGUACGAGCUCUGUGACCCGCUUGGCAGCGUCUUAGACGACGAUAAACCGUUGGAGUUUUCGCAUUUCGACCCCGCCGUCUUGACUCUCCGAAGACGCGAGCGUGUCGUCCCCUUGAUAGAUAAAAGCUCGUCUUGCAGCGCGAAUACGACGGACCCAUUCUGGAUUCACGACCAGCUCUACGAUCUGUUCGUCUUUAAUGCUCUACAGAACCGGCAGAGCAGCACGCUUCGAAUCACGAGUUACCAGUUCAAGCAGUUGUUGCAGAAAGCCACGGCGAAGAGAGUGUACCAGCAGAAGAAGAAGCUUUUAUUUGAUAAACGGGUGACAUUGGCCUUCAGAGGAGCCCAGUCGAAUCCUAGCAGUAGUGGCGACGGGGGUGCGGGGGCGAGUUUCGACGAGUUUCUGGACGCACUCGUUGACGUGGCGUGCUUCAUGUACCCCAAGGAGCAGUCGAAGGAGUUGGCACUGGAAAAACUGGCAACUGAGCAUGUGAUACCCUACCACGAAACGGAGCAACACGCGGUGGGGUCAGAUACGUUGUCGUGGGCUCAAAUUGACGCGCUCGUUGAGCGCGAAAAGGUGAAAUGGGUCGCGCAGCGGUUCACGAGGUCAAUUGGGGACUUGGCGACUUCAUACAGUGCCAAUGUUGGUCUAGCUCACCGCCGGUGUGUGCUUGGAUACCACGAAUUCAGCAAAUUUGUGCGCGAUGUGAUGCCUGUGACCAUCCCGAUGUCCUCCAUCGAGGUAUGCAAGGUCUUCAUGCGCUUCUGUCGCAAAGAGCAAGGAUACGAUAAGGAAGUGACGCUGGAGAUCCCGUGUGCCAAGAUGAUCGACGUCAUCGGAUACAUCGCCCUCGUAGCGGUCCCUCGUCUCGUGAAGGCGAAGGAGAAGAUGAGUCCGAACUGUAAUAAUGUGGUCCUGUCUAGCAAGCUUGGUGUCCAGUGCUUGAAAGCUCUACUCCAUCACAUGUCCAACAAUUUGGGAGCUAAAAGCGGCGCCCUGAUGAAGAAAAACGUCGAAUUCAACCGAGCGCGCGUGUAUUUCCUGCUGGAAUUCAACAAAAUGCACCGAGAAGACUCGCUGACGGAUUACCAGGGAACUUACGAUACCGAGUUUGACACCGAAUUUUCGUGGAACUUGGAUUCAACUGACAAUGCCAACGCUGAAAACUCUGCGUAUGAUAGUGAGUCGAGUACAAGUUCUCCCAUGCAGCGUCAGUCGGCCCGUCAACUCGAUCCUCAAGUGCUGAUCGAGCAGAGAAAAUGCGAGCUGGAGCAAUUGAACGCCUUGUCGAAUGAAGCAGAUGAAAUCUAUGCCUUUCUAGCAGGUGAGCUGCAACGUCAUGCACUAUCAAAACGCCCCGAUAGCCCCGACACAGUCCCGCAUAUGCUUGACGUCUGGGUCUCAGCAGGUGAAAAGUACUCAGACAUCAUCAACCACGUCGAGGGAUCUUCGCACCUUCGUGCCAAAUUCCUCUCUCGCUUCGGUCGCUCACUGUUUGUCUUCGCGUCGCAAGUGCUCAAAAGCACCACCAAGGUGUACAGCUACGAAGAGCUCUUUUACGUCACAAACGCUCGCGUGUACACGGCAACUUCCGACUUGUGGAGUGAUGAAUCUACGUCGUUUACUCUGGAUUUGGCCAUGGAGACACUAUCGCUUGCGUCUGGGAAACUGGCACAGGCUAGUGAAGAGCUAAGCGAUCUGGUUACUGCCGCGAGAGAGAAUGAUCCUCGCGGUGGAAGUGACGAUGAUGCAUCAAGCGCUGGGAGCUGUGGAGGGGACACUGGAGAGGACUAUGAAGACUGGACAGCUAGUGCUCUCUACGAUAGGUACCUUUACUGCCUCUACCUGCGUGCAAAUUGUCUGGCUGCCUACGCUGACGUGAUAGCACACAGCAAAAAGGUUGCUAUCGAUUACAACGUGUGCUGCCAGUUUGAGGAAACCAAGCCAGUCGACGAGAGAGUCACAACCAGCGACGUAUUUUUUACUAGUGCGAUGGUUCUGUCAAAAGCUUCAGCACCUGGCGAGUUUUACUGGGAGGCCAAGAAAAUGUAUCGGUUCCUGUUACAACUCUCGAAGGGGGGACUGAAUUUUUCACGAAGUCGAAUUCACCAUAACUUGGCGAUGGUGCAGUUCAAACUAGCGACUCAUCUUACGCGAGGCUCUGACAGUGAGAAACAAUUGCUUGAGAAUGUGUUAAAGAAUCUCGACGCGUGUGAACAAGCCCAGGAUUAUGUUGUGGAGCCCAACAUUCUAGUUGAAAAGCGCAACUACAUUCGAGCGAUUUUAGCAGCCCGACGUAAAUUCUUUAUCGCUGAAAACCAGGCAGCGGCUCAAACUGAGGGGGUACCACGAGAUGGCCAACAAGAACAAGAAGAUAUUAUCGCUCCGUUUUAUCGAUUUGUGCUCGCUGCCGCGUUUAGCGAGUUUGAUUCCGAUAAAAAGGGGGUCCUUUUCCAGCCUGAAGCCACCCUUCUGAGCAAGGCCUGCGGACACAGCGCUGUCUCUACUGAGUCGCUGCAGUGGUUACUCGAUAACUUUGACCAUCAAGACGGGGGACUCACUGAACGAGGGGUCCUCCAGUACUUCUGUUGGCUGGGGGAAGCAGAUCCCGUUGCAUUCUGCAAGAUCAUCGAUCUUCUCACGGCAAAGCAUACUGGGGCUCAUAAUGUCUCCAUCUUUUCAGGCGACUGUGUAUACCCACGAAAACAUUCAAGCGUGAAAUCUUCGUCAGGAACUGUAGAUUGUAUCGUUGUCUUAGGCGGGAAAAUGACCCAAGCUGCUGGUGUCGACACAACCUCUCCGACAGAUAUUAGACUGGAGCCCGAGGUUAUUGACAUGCUGCCUUCGCGAGCUAGUUUACCCGAAGAGCUAUCGAAAUUCUGCUUCCCUGACGACAUCUAUCUCAGUACCGAGCCAUUCUCUCCGAGGACUUUUGAUAUUGUGCUCACUGAUAUCAAGGGGCUUCGCUCGUAUGGCUCAUGCUUGCAUUUCUGUGAAGAGAAGCACCCCAUGGAUGUGCUUUCUCUGAUAUCGGCGACGCAAAAGGGAAGAACGGCCAAUCUACCGUCUUGGGUGAGCCUGAAGGACAUUCAACAAGGCCAAACCAAGUGGAAGUGCUAUGCGCCAAAGUGUCUCUGUGUGCUAUCCAGCACUCCGCUUUUCCAGACCUUCCGCACCUUUUUGGUGUAUCUCUACCGACUUUCACUCGCAAGUUCUACCAGUAUUCCCCUCGAGUCGAUCGUGUUCAACUUUCUUGAGCGAACACCUCUACCGACAGCUAAUGCAACACGGACGGCGUUCAAGUUGGGCGACACGACUUGUUUGUUGUCGGGAUUCCCACGAAACUUGCCAUUUUAUUCGCCUACGGAAGUGGACUUCACGAUUCUGUUCCAGUGCCUUAAUCCAGACAAUAUUCUAAAGGUCUACGGCUACUUGCUGACGGAGAAGAAGGUCGUUCUGAGCUCAACCAAUCGUCCAAUACUGACCCACGUUGCCGAGACGCUGCGAGCCCUGCUGCAUCCUUUUGAGUGCCAGCAAGUCUACAUCCCACUCCUUCCACUGUCUUUGGUCGAGUUCAUCUGCGCACCCGUGCCAUUCUUUAUGGGCAUCCGGUCUGACCAGCGACUUGAACGUUUGAUGGCCGAGGGAGUCAUUUUGGUUGAUUUGGACAACAACGAUAUUCGGUUGCCCCCAAACGAGGAGCUCCCAAUGCUUACAGACGUCAAGUCGCGGAAGCUGCUGCACGCUCUGCGCAAACUCUCGAUUUGGCCAGCAAGUCAGCGAACUAGAUACAGCUUUGGGCGUGGCCUCACAGGCAGCGAGCGGCCGGUUUCGGCUACUUUCGAACCCUCCCAGCCUUCUGAUGCCGAAGUGAGCCAGGUCGUCGGCCGGCAUGAAGAUCUCACCGAGAAGUGGGGAGAGAUACAAACGCUCUUUUCGUCGUUCGCUACGAGACUCCUCAAAGAGAUCCGCAAACACUGCUCUAGAGUUCCAGCGCCAACGACAUCGGGAAGCACCAGCGAGUCUGUGUAUUUUGACGAACGCAGUUUCCUUGCGAUGCACCCGAGUCUACGGGAAUUCUGCACUCAUUUAUUCCAGACGCAGCUCUUCCAGCGCUCGAUCGAGAACAUUUGGACAUUGAACGCCACGGAGCCGGAGCAGUACUGGAAAGCUGUCCGAGCCAAGGGUAUGCUAAGAAAGAACUCAGAGGUCAACGAAGACAUGAACAAGACUCAACGACGCCAAGUGAUCCAGGCACCACUGCCACCGCGGAAACACGUCAAUCCGGUUGCAAGAAAUGCUAAUGACGGGUUCCCAGCUUUCAACGGACAACUGUACGACGACCUCCUCGAAGAGCUCAGCGAUUUCGGUGACGUCGAAUCUUCCGCUGGCGACUUUGCAGCACACGCAGUUCGACCAUUGUCCUCUCUCUCUUCGUUGGGGUUAUCGUCUGAAGCAUCCAGCACUUCCGUUCUCACGUCCCCGUCAUUUCACGACGGAGACGCUGACGCCUUCAAAUUAGUAAACGCAGCUAGAAAACGCCUGGAAGGUCGACGCGGAGGCGAAAUAGCGGAAUAA